AAAGCCAAACAUAUUGAAAUGACAUUAUAUGUAUCUUGUAUGUUAACGCAAAUCUUCUUCUAUUGUUGGUAUGGAAACGAAUUAAAAAUAAAGAGUCAUCAAAUAAUUGACAAUAUUUUCGAAAUGGAGUGGCAGACGUUGGACAAAAAUAGAAAAAAGUCUUUAAUGAUAGUAAUGAGGCGAACAAUUGUACCUAUUCAAAUUACUUGUGCUUAUAUUGUUCCCAUGAAUCUUAAUACAUUUAUGGGUAUACUUAAGACGUCUUAUUCUACUUAUAAUUUACUGCAAAAUAUGCAGGUGUGAGUUUGUAAAUGAUCAAUGGAAUUAAAGAGCUACAGCUACUCAUAUCAAAUAUAACUAAUUGUGAAAAGAGACAAGAAACGAAA